AUGCUUGUUUUCAGCUUGAUCACAUUGUUGCAAUUCAUUGAUGCAUCGAAUGUUCCAAAAUCUAAAAACCUUUCUUGUAUUCGGUAUAAGGACAUGAUACCGACAUAUGCAUGCAACUACCAAAUUAACUCUCAUGCAAAUUACUGCGAGGAUAGCACGUUUUACAAAUCCAACACCACUUGUUUGUGCAAUAAUAUUAAUUGGCUUGGAUCAGUUUUAGGAUGCUUAUCAUACGAAGGGAAAGUGGAAUUGAAGAGUAUUCAAGGAGUAAAGAAAUUUUGUCAAAUAAAUGGUGGAAUAAACUUGACUCAGAAGAAUGUGGAGUUUGCAUUUCAAAAGUAUCUUGAAAGCACCGCAAAUUUAUCUGUGCCAGCAUCGAAUAACACCAACCCAACGAUUGACCAUCCAAUAUUUUUGCUGUCGCAGGAGGUGGAUCUUUAUAGACGAGCAUAUGAAAAGUAUCUUGGUAAUUUUGACAAUUCAAUAUACUAUGGUACUGUCAUAUAUGGAUACUGGAUGGUCGUAGUUUUGCUAGCCGCAGUAGCGAAUUGGAUUAAAUACAUAUUUCCAAACUUAUCAAGUCUAAACAGUGCUGGGAUCAAACUAAUUCAAAAACACGUGUUGUUACCGGCAUUAAGGGGGAAAUUGAAAGCUCAAUUAAAAUCAUGGGGACCAGUUGAAUUUAUGAUUCCAUCGAGAAUUGAAACUUUGAUUUUGGGAGUGUUUUUGUUACUAUUAACUAUAAUGACCUUUUUAAAUACCGAUCCCGUUGAAGGAGAUCCAAUUUUUUACACCCGAAACAAUGCUCAAUUGAGGUAUAUCGUUGAUCGAUCUGGAAUAAUAUCGACAAUGUUGGCUCCGUUGGUGGUUUUAUUUGCAGGAAGAAACAACAUUCUUUUAUGGAUUACUAGAUGGCAGUAUGUAAGAUUUCUAGUAUUCCAUAGAUGGAUUGCUAGAACAAUGGUUAUAAUGGCUGCCACUCAUGCCAUAGGAUACACGAAGCUUCUUGGAUCAUUUUACUACAAGGAGAUAAAAACUGGGUACUUGAGAGCAGGAGUUGUUGCGAUAGUAGCAGGCACUAUAAUGUUAGCUCAGGGUGCUCUUUAUAUGAGAAGACGAUGGUAUGAAACAUUUCUAGUUGUACAUAUUGUGUUGGGAGUUUGCUGGCUCGUGGGUUGUUGGACCCAUGUUAAUGAGUUGGGAUUUGUUUACUUCUUUUAUCUCAUAGCAAUCAUCUGGGGCUUGGAUAGAGUUGUACGAGUUGUUCGCUUAUAUUUUUUUGGGUUCCCUUUUGCCGAUGUUGAAUUGGUUACUGACAAUUUGAUCAAAAUUGACAUCCCGCUUCCUAAAUCAUGGCAGAAACGAAAUGUUUUAGGGCAUGCAUUCAUACAUAUUUUUCGGCCCAGUUGGUUUUGGCAAUCUCAUCCUUUCACAUUUAUGCAUUCGAUAACAAAUAAGAAGCAUAUGGUUUGCUAUUGCAAAGUUAAAGAGGGAUUCACCUUUAGUUUAUGCCGGUAUUUGGCUUCCAAGCCAAAUCAUCAUGCCAAGCUAAGGGUAGGGGUUGAAGGGCCAUAUGGAGCGACGAUGCCAGUUGCUAAAACAGAUCUGAUGGUUUUCAUUGCUAGUGGAAGUGGAAUACCUGGGAUAUACCAAGAAGUUUCCCAUUGUGUUAAGGAAGUAAGCAGAGACUCCUCCCAAAGAGUCAAGUUGGUAUGGAUUAUUAGGAACUAUUCAUCUAUUCGUUGGUUUCAUGCCGAAUUGAAGGCUUUCCAAAAGACCCCGGUUCAAGUUACAGUGUAUGUAACUGGCCAUUUUGUUAAACCAAAAGAGACAGGAGAUAUCCAAAGAGGAGUGGUAGAAGAAAAAGAAAUUGGAUGCAACUUGGUGCCACUGCUGUAUACACUUGAUACGACACUGUUGGAUAGUGUUGAUGAAAGUAUUACAAGCGAUUUGAGUUUUGUCGGAUUUCUCCAUGGUCGACCUGAUGUUACAAGUUUAGUGGCAAACAACAUCGAAGAAUGUGCAACUUCAGUGACUUUCAUCACUUGUGGCCAUACAAAGUUGGUAGAUGAUAUUAGAGCAGCAGUUUGCCAGAAAAUUGACAAUGCAACAGGUAAAGCUAUACAUUUCUACGACCAAUCGCAAGUUUGGGCAUAA